CUCCGAAGAACCCUGCAUUUUCCGAGAAAACGCCAAAAUUUUCUCAUCCACCGAGGAAAGCAACCCAGAAAAGAAAAUAAAAGCCUAAGCUUCCUUCCAUGUAUCACAUUCUCUUCAUGAAGGUUGCAAAAGAUUAAUCUUUUAUUUAGAUCAUCAUCCAAAAUUAUAUUUUCUUUGACAAAAAAUAAAAAUAAAAAACUUUGAUCCUCUUACAAUACUUUAUAAGUUCUCUUUAGAUCUCCAUCUUUCAAAACCCCCCAAAAUUUGCUUGUUUUCAGCUCCAAUAUCCUCUUCUCUCUCUCUCUCUCUCUCUCUCUCUCUCUCUCGCUCGCCUUUGUGUGUAUCUAUACAUGUAUUUAUAUAUACUAUAUCUAUAAAUAUAUAUACCUGUCUUUGCUUCUUUUUCCCUUCGAAGUGUUCGUUUAUUUUUGGGAAAUUUACGUUUUCAGGUGUAAAUUUUCGGAUCAAAGCUUGGUUUUUGGUCCUUCUUCUUCGUCAAUUUGGGGGUUUCAAAUUUCCCAAGCUGAAUUAGGAUCGGAGCUUAAUUUUCCUCGUACGUCCUCGAACAUCGGCGAAACCGACAUUGCCAAGAGAUGUUUUUCAUCAAUAUCCAAUGCAAUUUCAGAGCUUUCGGUGAUUCUCAAGUUCCCAUCCCAUGGAUCUCGCGCAUUGACUGACCUCGAUCCGCUCAUCAACCCAGAUCCAUGUCCGAGAUCUAGGUUAGGGUUUUCCUGUGCUGUGAUUACCCCCAUUGACCCCUAUGGCUUCGAUCUAGGCCUCUCUUUGUCUUUGAUCGGUAUCCGUCGUCGUCAUCGCCAUCAUGUUCAAGCAAAUUCUCAGUAAACUUCCUCGGAAGUCGUCGAAGUCCGAGUCGCCUCGCUCGAGCUCGCCGCGGUCGCAGUCGAACUCUAGGGCUGGCUCCUCGGGCUCCGGCCUCGAGAAUUCCAAGUCCAAUGGUGGGAAUUCGGGCUCGAGCCGAUCGAAUUCGACGAAGCGCAUGUCGUCGGUGGUGUUCCCGGCGAGCAUGGUAGCCGGAAUCGAGCCGUUGGUGCCGUUCAAGGACGUGCCGAACGCGGAGAAGAUGAACCUCUUCGUCAGCAAGGUGAGCCUUUGUUGCGUGACAUUUGAUUUCACCGAUCCGAAUAAGAACACUGUAGAGAAAGACGUUAAGCGACAGACAUUGCUUGAACUUGUCGACUUUGUAGCCUCUAGGCCGAUGAAAUUUACCGAGCCGGCGAUUUUAGCAAUGUGUAGAAUGUGUGCUGUUAAUCUUUUUAGAGAUUUUCCGCCCAAUUGUCGCUCGAGCGGCGGUGGUGAAAACGAUGAUGACGAGCCUAUGUUUGAUCCUGCUUGGCCACAUUUGCAACUUGUGUAUGAAUUACUGCUUAAGUUCGUUACUUCUUCAUGUCUAGAUGCCAAGAUAGCGAAAAAGUACAUAGACCAUUCGUUUAUUUUGAGGUUACUAGACUUGCUUGAUUCUGAGGAUCCCAGAGAGAGAGACUGUUUGAAGACUAUCCUUCAUAGAGCUUAUGGGAAGUUCAUGGUUCACAGGCCAUUUAUAAGGAAGUCCCUAAACAAUGUCUUCUAUCGGUUUGUGUUCGAGACUGAAAAACAUAAUGGGAUUGCAGAAUUGUUGGAGAUUUAUGGGAGUAUAAUUAGUGGGUUUGCGUUACCUUUGAAGGAGGAGCAUAAGAUAUUCUUGUGGAGGGUUUUGGUUCCUCUGCACAGGCCCAAGUCUUUGGGGGUUUACUUUCAGCAAUUGUCGUAUUGCAUUACGCAGUUCAUAGAGAAGGAGCCGAAGUUGGCAAGCGUUGUGAUAAAGGGCUUGUUGAGGCAUUGGCCAGUGACAAAUAGUCAGAAAGAGGUGCUGCUCCUCGGUGAGUUGGAAGAGAUUUUGGAAGCUGUUAAUAUGGUGGAAUUCCAGAAGAUCAUGGUUCCUUUGUUUUGGCGGAUCGGAUGCUGCAUUAACAGUUACCACUUUCAGGUGGCUGAAAGGGCUCUGUUCUUUUGGAACAAUGACCAUGUUGUCAACUUAAUUGCACACAACCGCCACGAGUUAUUGCCCAUAAUUUUACCGGCCCUAGAGAGGAAUGCCCAGAACCAUUGGAACCCAGCAGUUCUCAACUUAACUCUAAAUGUUAGAAAGAUAUUUAUUGAGAUGGAGGAGGAGCUGUUCGCGUCCUGCCACGCUCAAUUUAAGGAAGAAGAAGCAAAGCUAAGUUUGGCGUCUGAGAAGCGGAAGGAAGCAUGGCAACGACUGGAGAAUGCAGCCAGCCUUCUGCCAAUAAUAGCUGGAAAUGCUGUUCUGGUUACACCUUAGCAACUUCAAUUCCCUGGUUAAAAAUGUAACUUUUGAACUAAUGAUGUCCUGAGGUUUCUUCUUCUUUGUUUCCCUCUCCGUAGGGCAGUUGAGGAACUGGGAAAGAGAUGUACUGAAAUGGCUGUUGUUUGGGUGACAUUUGUUUUUUUGUUGAUGGUCCUAUAACAGCCUGUUGUUGUAACUUUGUUUUGACCAUGUACGCUGCAUUGCCCAGGAAGGUUAUGCAAGGGGCUACGCAAUGAAUUAACAAUCUUUUGUGCCAA